AUGCCCAAGGCCUAUCAAGAUACCGUGCGUGUUGCACGAGCGCUGGGCGUAAAGUACAUCUGGAUCGAUGCUCUGUGCAUCAUCCAAGACGACAUGGAAGACUGGGAGAAGGAGUCCCGAAUGAUGGCAGAGAUCUUUCAACAUUCCUUGGCCACGCUUAUACUCCUCCGCACAGCAUCCUGCAACGAAGGCUUCCUGGAGCGGAACCCAAGUAUCAAGAUCAAUUACCAAAAUCGUCAGUGGGGUACUCGGGGCUGGACGUUUCAAGAAGACAUGUUUUCCAUGAGAAAGUUAUAUUUUGGACAGCUUAUGAUGUAUUGGGAUUCUCUCAAGCCCGUAGACAUUAUGAGAACAGAAGACACAAUCAUUGACGACAAAUUAAAUCGCCUUGGUAAGAGCGGCGAAAUUUCAAUUAUUCAUUCGUCCGAACCAUGGAGAGGCAACUAUGAUUACGAUGGGUGGUAUUAUCCAAUGCUCAGUUACUGCCAAAAGAAUCUCACAUACGAGACCGACAGGCUAUCUGCGGUGUCUUCAUAUGCGAAGCUUGUCGGCAGCAAGAGCGGAGAUACAUAUGUCGCAGGUCUGUGGAAGAGGGAUUUUCAUCGUGGCUUGCUCUGGAAAAUAAGCAAAAGUCAGCGCAGAACUUUCCGGACGUUGAUAGGGCAAUUGUCCAAGCCU